AUCAUACGAGUUUCCCCCCAUGAUUUUCCAGCGGUUCUUUAAUCCUGUAUGUAAAUUACAGCCAAUAGAUGCUGUUGUUGCGUUGGGCUGGGAUUAGCGGAGGCGAAUGAGUUUCAAUUUUACUGGAUUACAGAACAAAGAAAGGGGAAAGGGGACACACGCUGUUUAAGAAAAACGGGGGAAAUUGAUCAAAUAAAUCACGUCGAAAAAUUUUCAACAGGCUACCAACGCGAGGCACACGCUCGAGAUUAUGAUCGCUUGAAAGAUAUCUCUUUUCUUCAGAUGGGAAUUCAGCCCUCACUAUUGGAUUAAACGGAGAAUAAACCUAUUCCGGGAUUGACAGCAUAAGAAGAAUGGCACAGAUUCAUAAACUGGGCUGUGACGUGUUGAGCACGAACUCUCGGCCAGAGCUCAAAGUUCCACAUGUUUCAGCCAGACAAGAGAUCCUCACCAGCCUUGUGUCUGCUCUGGACUCUGUGUGCUCUGCCAUGUCUAAACUGAAUGCUGAGGUGGCCUGUGUCACAGUGCAUGAGGACAGCGUCAUUGCUGUGGGAACAGAGAAGGGAAGAAUCUUCCUAAACUCCAGAAAGGAAAUCCAGACUGACUUCCACAAGUUCUGCAAAGUAUCCUGUCUGCAAGCGUUGACCUCUUUAAACUCCCACCCCAAAGUUCCUGAUGUGGACUCCAGCAGGACUGGCAAAGAGUGCGGGCAGCAGGGCAGACAGAGAGCCUUAACAGACACUCACUCCAACAUCUUCGUUCUGAGGAAGAUGGUGGAGGAGGUGUUCAGCGUGCUUUAUAGUGAGGCUGUUGGGAAGAGCAGCCUGGUCCCUAUGCCUUAUGACUGGAUUCUUAAGGAUCCUAGCUCAGUUGUUGCGUAUGGCCUACCUGAUGGUGUAACUUUGAGAAAGCCUUCUGAAUACGACACCAAGACCUUAAUGAAGAUCUUAGAACAGAGCAAUCGAAUCCGUUUCAUAGUCAAAAGAACACAAGAGGAACCCACAAGGGAUGCCAAAUCCUGUCUGGAUGUCAACCAUCACUCUUCGAUCUCAAAGAGUGUAAGCAACCAUGCCUCCGUCAAACCCUCCUUGCAGGAAGUGUCUGCUAGCAACUCCAUGCUCUCCAGUUUCCUGUACAGCAUGCCCAUGUCCUCCCAGCCCCACCCAGACAGCAAGCUGGACCUGAAGCCCAUAUCCCUGCACAGUUUAGGUAAAGAGCGGCUGGGCAUGUGGGCAUCCGCUGAUGAUAAAGCUGUGCAGGCCAAAGAAUAUGCUGACAAUGGUGAGCGAAUAGGGCUGGCAGGGGAUCUUGCCCAAAGUCAUCCCAGCAUCCAUGUCUCCAAGCGCCUUCUGUUCUCCAUUGUGCAUGAAAAAUCAGAAAAAUGGGACUUGUUCAUCAGGGAGACUGAGGAUAUCAACACCCUUCGAGAGUGUGUUCAGAUCCUCUUCAACAGCAGAUACGCUGAGGCAUUAGGCCUGGAUCACAUGGUUCCUGUGCCAUACCGGAAGAUCGCCUGUGAUCCGGAAGCAGUAGAGAUCAUUGGAAUUCCAGACAAGAUUCCCUUCAAGAGGCCAUGUACUUACGGAGUGCCUAAACUAAAACGGAUCCUGGAGGAAAGACAUGCAGUCCGCUUUGUUGUCAAAAGAAUGUUUGAUGAACGCAUUUUUACAGCUGCUGGUAAAGUUGCAAAGGAGGAGGGCAAACAGGAUGGCGCCACCCCUGAGGACGGUUUCCCAGAUGGACUCAGGGUGCCGAGCUCUUCCCUAGAUCUGGUCAGCAACACUCACAGUAGCAGAUCGACUAGCUCCUGUGUCAGUCCUUUGGUUGAAUGUGAAGCAGGGCCUUCUGGGGACUGUCUACCUUUGAAAAAGAUCAAAACUGAACCCCCAGAUGGAGAAAUCAUCCAGGUGACAGUGCCAGAGUCCAGUGCUCCUACAGAGGAGCCAAGUGAGCUUCCGGCUGAGCGGGUGACCCCUGACCUCUGUCGUCCCUCUGAGCCUGUAUCAGAAGAUCUGGCACCGAAGUCUACACCGCAAGGGCUCAAGAGAGCUGUUGAAGAAGACAUCGGAGAGAUGAUCCUUCAGCUGAGAAAGCAAGCGGAGAGUCUGUUCAGCUCUAAGUACAGUGAGGCUCUUGGCCUGCCUGAGCCUGCUAAAGUGCCAUACUCCAAGUUCCAGAUGUAUCCAGAUGAUCUGCAUGUCACAGGUUUACCGGAAGGGAUGACAUUUCGAAGACCGAACUGUUUUGGGGCAGCAAAACUCCAGAGGAUUCUUGCUGCCAGUAGUCAGAUUAAGUUUGUCAUAAAGAGGCCAGAAUUGUUAACAGAACAGGUCAAACAUGAGUCUCUUUCUAAAUCAACCUCUGAUUCAGUAGAGACUGACUCCAAAGACCAAUCAGAUGACCCUGGCCCAGCCUCCAAGAGACCAGGAUUCUCAGACACUUUAGAGGCCAAGCUCUCCCGUAUCGACUUGGCAAACACACUGCGCGAGCAGGUCCAAGACCUGUUCAACAGGAAAUACGGCGAGGCACUGGGCAUUAAGUAUCCUGUGCAAGUGCCUUACAAGAGGAUCAAGAGUAACCCUGGCUCAGUGAUUAUCGAGGGCUUGCCCCCUGGCAUCCCCUUCAGAAAACCCUGCACCUUCGGUUCACAGAAUCUGGAGAGGAUAUUAGCUGUGGCUGACAAGAUCUCUUUUAGCAUUACAAGGCCUUUCCAAGGGCUUAUUCCCAAGCCAGCACCACGAAGAAUAACCAUAAUGAAGAAAGGUUACACCGCGAUAAGUGAAGAAGAUGAGAUCAACCGAAUGGGAGAGAAGGUGAUAUUAAGAGAACAAGUUAAAGAACUCUUCAAUAAGAAAUAUGGUGAUGCUCUGGGUCUGGACCGCUCAGUCCUUGUCCCGUACAAGUUAAUACGUGCCAAUCCAGGCUCAUUUGAAGUGUCUGGACUUCCAGAUGACAUCCCUUUCAGAAAUCCUAAUACUUAUGACAUAGUUCGGUUGGAAAAAAUCCUGCAGGUCCAUGAUGAAAUCAUCUUCAAUAUCAAAACCCCACUACAGCCUUUUACAGAAUUGUGUAGUCAAUCUUGUAAUACAGGUAAGAGCCAUUUCUUUGUCUUUAACUUGUGCUUCUUUCAGUCUCUGAAGAAAGUUAUUUUACCAUUUUCUUGUAUCUUUCACAGAGGGGAAAGAAGCGUCCACCAAUCGACGCAAGCGCAAACGGGUGCUUGGCAACAGUCGAGCGGCUGUGCCCACUGGAGCAGACUCAGCGCUAUCAACCAAUCAGAUACCGGUCAUGCAAUGGCCCAUGUACAUGGUGGACUAUAGUGGAGUGAAUGUUCAAGUUCCUGGCAAAGUCAAAUUCUAGUGAACUCUCUGAUGCCAUAUUGAGGACUUGCAACGUUAUGGGACCUUUUUUUAAAACUGACAUUACUGAAUGCUAAAUUCUGCUUAAACCUCCAGUGUCAUGGCUGAUCUUGCAACCCACAUAUGGGUCACAUAUGGAGACAUUUGUGUAUGCUGGCAGAUCUUAGAGAGUGUGAACUGUAGGAUGCAGUUGUUAAUGAUGAAGUGCUAACGAUGGGUAAAGCCAGCACUAAAUCAGACAUUCUGCCAGAUCUUUAUAACUUAAAUAGGUUGUUUGGAGUGGCCAUCAUUUGCAGAUCAGAUAAACUAUAUUUCUUUGCCACCAGGAUUUCUCUUAGGAGGUGCUGGACACAAUCAUGGUUAAAUAACCAUAUUAAAAAGAGCAGUAGGAAUGGGAUUUGGGAUUUCACUUGUCCCAAAUAUGACUGGUCGCUCUUAGGGUUCACAGCCUUGUUUGGUGCCGAGAGCUCGUACAUGCAUACUGCAUACGGUUCCUGUAUUAAACUAGGUCUCACGCCUUGCAAAUGUUUGUAUUGCUAUUUAUUUAUUUAUUUAAAUAAAAAAAAAAACUUGUAUAUGCAGGGAAUGUAAAGUACCACAUUCGGUAUGCAGCAUAAAAUACUGAAUGACACGACUAAUGACGCUAAAAACAACUAGCUACUGUAUGUAUUCAUAGAGAAACUUUUGCUUCAGGUUUGUGUAUCUCAAGUUGGAGUAUCCUAACAUGAUAGCACUAACUUAUAUUCCAUUGAGAGACGUUUUUGUAUUAUUUUAGCUUUCUAACUUACCCUUAAGUUCAUUAAACAAAGGCAUAAAGUGAGAAAUUUCAUGGAGAAAACAUCUUGAAUAUAUUGGUUGUAAAUGAAAGAAUGCUAUAAUGUAAUUCUGUAAUGUCUGUCUCUGGAAUCACCAGUAUUUAUAUGCUGUACCUUAAUGCCAUUUAGGCCUUUGGAAUAAAAUGUGUUG